GCUAAGAAGCAAUUAUACUCAUAAACGCGGCCGUGUUUUCGUUAAAAAAAUCAAAGCCAAAAAGUGUAGCAGUAUCUUAAUAUGGAGUUUAGUUUAAUUUCAGAGGAAAACUUGCUGAUAAUUGAUUUGACAUCUCCGUAGUGUUUUGCUUCCGCUGGAGAGGAGGAAAUGAAGACGUUAUCGACAAGUGCAGCAAGCGAACCCAACGUUUCCGUUGAUGCUUAAAGGUCCCACCUCCAAGAUUGAACACACCAAUCAGUGAUGGUUAUGGAUAAUGAUGAACGACCACACAGCCAAUCAGAGCCAGACACCCAGUCAACCAUGGGUGGGCCAGAGCAGCUGGUCCCCAGCUUCACCCCAAGGAGCCCUUUACAACCCCCUGCCCAGCUUUCAGCAUCUUAGCCUUGGCUCUCCCUCUGACCAGUUACCCUGUGUGGAGCACCAGCAGGCGUCCAGCCAGGACUGUCAAAGAGACAAUACCACCUUUCCAACUAUAAACAACACUCAUCACAAUACGCUUCAUGCUAAUAAUGCUGACCUGAGUGUGCCGCAAAUCACUCAUGCAAGCCAUGAAAGAAUUUUACCCCCAUGUUCUCUCCCUCUCUUAAAUGAAACAACUCAGCCUAGAAAGCCUUUUCAGAUGCCAUUCUAUUCCCCUUACAGCCCCUACCAGGCAAUCUCUCCACCUUUUCAGCCUCCUUACACACAACAGGAAUCACUGAAUGGUCCUCAGUCGCCACAUCAGAAACAUCUGCCCAUCAGCUCUCCAUUGUCUGAACACUGUGUAUGCCAAAGUCCACAGUUUUCUCCUCAUCCUGUAUUCAACAAAGGGGCCUCUGUUGGAUACAGCCAUAAUCAUGCAUCACCUACCUCUCCUAUCCAACAACAGCCUCAGUGGACACUUCAACAACACUCUGGAGGAACCACUAAAGAGAUUGUUCCUAAUUCAGCUGUACAGGAUGGGAGCUUCAUGCCACAGUCCCCUAACUCUGAGUCUCGUUACGGCCUGGAUCCAGUGCUCCUUCCCAGUGCUGUAAAGGUGAUUGCAGAGGACAGGGCAGAGUGGGAGGGCAAAGUCUUUGUCUCUGAGCCUUUUUCCCAUCUUCCUCCUUUGGCAACUACUCCCUGUGUCAUAGAAGACAGGGGUUGUGCAAGUCCUUUCGCCAUUCGCUCUACAUCGUACUGUGUUCCCUGUGAAGGUCAGACUGCCCUGCUCAGUCGGCUACCACUGGGAGCUCUGGUCACUCCUCUGACCAAGGAAAAAGCUGGAGAGAAUUCCCUGCCGGUUAUCAAAGAGUCAGAGUGUGUUUCGGGUUGUGGAUGGUGCGGUGCCUUAAUGUGCCCAGCAAUGGGCUGGCAGGACUGUGGUCAGAGGUUUUACUGCCCUUUCUGUGGUAAACUCAAUGAAGUACCGUGGCAACACUAUCAGCCCACAAAAGGGGUGGAGGGAGUUCGAGUGGAUACAGACAAGAGGCCUGAGCUCAGCAUGGGGUCUUAUGAGAUUCUCAACUCUCAGCAGGGUGAACCUGCUUCUUUGCUUUUUGCCAUCGAUGUGUCUGCCUCAGCGCUGAGAGGAGGACAUUUAGAGUUUACAACACAACAAAUACUCACUCUGCUUGCCUCUCUGAAAAGCGAGGAUGGCAAUGACUUUUCAGACAUCCGUAUUGGCUUGAUGACUUAUGACAACAGAAUCCACCUGUAUGACCUCAGCCCCGCCCUGUCUCGCCCACACAUGCUGGUCAUCACAGAGACGGAGGAGCUACAGCUUCCUGUGAGGGAGGGGCUUCUGGUGUCCCUGAAAGACUGUAUAGACAGUGUUAACAGUGUGUUGCAGCAAAUACCCCAGUUCAGUCCAGGGUGCGAAGACUGUGAUGGAGUUCCUAUGGAGCUGCCUGUCAGAGCAGGACUAGCUGUGCUGCAGGCUCUUAAUUGUCCUGGGAAGCUGUUGAUCUUCCACACUGCCCCUCUGCUAGAGAUGCCACAGUCAAACUCAGCCUCAGGGUUCUUUGGCUCCAACAAACCAAAGUCCAUCUUUCAGCCAUCAGAGUCAGCUGUCUCACUGGCCAAGCAGUGUGUCAGUCAGGGCUGUGGCAUUCACCUGUUCCUCCUCUCUCAGCACGAUGUGGGUGGGGCUUGGCCAGGGCACAUUCCCUAUCUAACAGGUGGAGCUCUUUACACCUACAGCCACCUGCAGGGAGAACUGGACAGAGAGCGCUUCAGCAUUGACCUGAAGAGGGUCUUAGAGGUGGACACAGGCUACAAGGCAGAGCUCAGGAUUUUUGUCAGCAAAGAUCUACGAGUGUCGGGCUGUUAUGGACUUUUUAUCCCCGGGCCAAGCCCUGGCCAGGUCACAGUGGCAACUCUUAACGGGUCUACAACACUGGCUGUGGAGCUUGCACACACCAGAGCUGUGGAUGAAACGAGGGGUGUGGCCAUACAGGCUGUUUUGUCGUACAGCACUCAGACAGGAGACAGGCGGACUAGGGUUCAUACUCUCACCCUGAGAUGUUCACGCCACCUACAGGACACUUUCAGGCAGUACCAGGCCCAGACAAUACUCACCUUCUACUGCAAAAAAAUUUAUUGUGCGGUGUUGGAGCGCCCUCUACAGGAGCUAAGGGAGGAACUGCAGACAGAAGUAACAGAAGCUUUGGCAUCGUACCGUAAACACUGCUGCUCAUCGUCAGUGUCUGCAGGACAGCUGGUCCUCCCUCAGUACCUACGAGCACUUCCUGUUUACAUCAACAGUCUGAGGAAGAGUGAGGUGCUGCUGCCAGGUCUGAGGAGCUCUGUUCACCAGCGGCUGCAGCAGCGCUGCCAGGUGCUCAGCAUGGACACCUGCUGCACCUCCAUACACUUCUACCCUCUGCUGCUGCCAUUGCCACUGGCAGUUGAGGACUCCAGUUCCCCAAUCCAAGAGGAGGCUCUGCGCUGCUGUGCUGCCAGCCUGGAGCCCAGAGGGCUGUAUUUGGUUCAUGCACCCCUCACUCUGCUGCUUUGGGUGGGCACCCAAGUCUCAGCAAGCACUCUGGUCGAGCUCUUCAAUACCAGCUGCUUUUCUUCCCUGCCCUCUGGAGAGACGAAGCUGCCUGUUCUGGAGAACCCUCUGUCCGUCAGUGUCCGAUCCCUCAUCAAUACACUGAACUCCCAGGCUCCCCAUGCCCGCAAGCUGUGGGUGGUAAAGCAGGGUGACACCUGCGAGGAGGCUCUACAGCGUCACUUGGUGGAAGACAAGAGUCCCAAUGGAGGGGCUUCCUAUGCAGACUUUCUCUACCAUCUGCACGUCAACUCUGUCCGACUUGUGCAGUGACAUCACAUAAAACUUCUCUGACCUCUGAGGGUAUUACCUUCUUCAAUAAAAUGACACUGGAGCAUAUUUGCCUAAAAACCACAGAGGAAUGAGAACAAAAAUAUUGAUGAAUUGUAUAGUGAAAGGAUUCAAAGACCUUUCGUAAGGCAGUGCAUGAGAUUCAUUUUAAGGCAUAUGUGGUUUUAUGACUGCUGUGAUAUGUGUGACGGGAAUGUUAUCAGUGCUGUUGUGGAAAUGUGUGUGUGUGAUGUUUAUUUAUUUCUGUGUGUGUGUCUCUGUGUGACACCCACAAAGUGUGUUAUGUGUGUGCAUAAUCCCCUAUAAAUAAAUAAAGGCUUUAAAUUGACGCCAAUUCCAGUUUUCUUCUAGUGUAGUUGAGCUACAGAGACACUGCUUUUGUAUCUUUUAAAGUCAUUCUGCUAAAGCAUAAAUCUGAAAACAAGAAAAGGCAGCCAAAGAAUGAAACCAAGUUCCUGAUCACACUAGUUUGUUGCAAUGAUGUGACUAAAGAAAAAUGAAGCAGGGGGGGCUUGGUUGUGUUUGGGUGAUAUUUUUGUAUCACAGUCUUUGGUAACAAAGCCAUCUACAUGAAGUCUCGAACUGCAAUGGCUACAGCAGUGAUAACUGAUCUUUAGCCUUUAAGCAUGCUAACUAGUGGUAAUGUUAGUUCAUGUUAACUGUUAGCCUUUUGGGUGAAAUCCUGAAAAAGAACCAAGUUCUCUUACAUUGGGUAACUUGUCUAAAAAGAUCAUUAGAAUUAGAAAAUUUUGACAAUGUCUUCUGACAAAAAAAUCUGCUGUAGCCUUAAAUUUCAACACAUACUUGCAAUUUACUCUAAGCAUGCUAUUGGCUAAUUGCUCUCAUGCUGCCUUAUUUAAACUGCACUUACCUGGCUACACUAUGUUGCUCUUGCAACCCUCCUCCACCCCAGCUCCUCCUUCAUUCUGCUUAUGACUUAGUGUCAUUCUGUUGUUGCUGAUGCCUUUUCUUCUCUGGGUUUUUUGCUGCUUCUCUCCUGGCCUUAUGCUUUCCUUAUCGGCAUAGGGAGAGUGGGAACGUGUGCCUAAAACAGCCAC